UAUAGGCCUGCUCAAAAAAAGUCCAUUGUUUCAUUUUCUGAUUGAUUAUUUUAAUUUCCACGACUUUUCCCAGACAAAUUCCUGUUAUUUCUAGGUUUCCCCUGACCGUGGGAAUCCUGUUAAUUCCAAGAGAAUUCCCCUCCACGCAGAGCGCCACAGAAGAGGCGCAUCUCUUGUAAACACAGCGGCUCUCGCGAGAUUUCCUCGCGCCGCGCAGCACACGCAGGAGCGUCUAUGGAGCAGUGAGGCAGGCGGGAGACGGAGCAACCGAGCCCGGCGCGGACUGGAGCAGCAGACGCGGGGUGAGAGAGGGUAACCUGCCUGUGACGUCGCUGCUGUGGUGUGUCUGAGCGGCGGCUCCCGGGGCGUGCUUCUCCGAUUAUCCCGUCCAUCCAUGCUCCAUUCGAGUCUGUAAGGAGGACGCGCACAAACUCAGGGAGGCGAGGGAAGCCCAUUGGUCUCCCAACCGACGCCAGCGCCAGGCUGAGUCACUGUCGAGGAGUGGGAAGAUCUUGAGAGAGAGGGAGACAGCAUCACGGAGAAAGCGCGAGAGAGAAAAGCAACGGAAGGAGGGGAAAACCGCUACACAACGCCUUUGAGAGCGAAGCGAGAGAGAGAGAGGCAGCCAGCGAGAACGACGGAAAGAGAGAGACAGAGCGCAGCAGUGAGGGAGGGAGAGAGACGCUGAGGCUGGGAGAGCUGACCCCCCUCCCCUCUCCUCUCCUCCUCCCCCCCCCCCUCACUCCUUCAGGAGCUGGUGUGUAGGAGCAGCGAGUACAGUGUGACUGAGGCAACAUGAGCGAUGUCACCAUCGUUAAGGAAGGCUGGGUCCAGAAGAGAGCAAACAUGAACAAAUUAAAAGGUCAUUGGUCAAAAGUGAAUCAGUCAAAAACAGCUGGAACCCUUUUAAUGGAUGGUGAGUGUUGUGCUUGUGAACUCAUGUGUGCAGCAUCCACGUUGAGUCAGAUUUGAAAUUCCCUCCAGUGUGUGCAGUCUGGGCUGGGCUUGAGAAUGGAGAGAGCACCUGUGUCGCAGUACAAGUUUUGCCCCCCCUUCCUCGUCUUCCGAGCUGUGACUUUUUAGGGAAAAAGAGCUGUGUGUGAGGAGAGGAUAACCAAAAGGGUGACAUCAUUUCCUGUUUACUCCACUAAUGAAUGGAUCACAAAGAAAAGGGCCAGCUUAAGACACUGAAACCCCCUGUUUCUGACUUCGCCCCCCUCUCACAUCUCAUUGUCUAAACCGCAGCCUGUUUAAUGCAUCAGCCAAAGUUUGAUUGUUCAGAGAUGACGUCUGCAGAAUCAUGCAAAACGCAACAUACUGGAAUGUCAUGGAACUAAAUAGCAUGAAGUUUUAUUUUCAAAUCUUUAAUUUGAUGCAGUUUUGUUUUCCAGAUCGCUGGUCCGCGGUAAAUUAGCACUGAUUGCAAGCAGACCUGUUGAUGAAAAUGCUUUUGAUGUCUGCGCUGUGUGUGUGUGUGUGUGUGUGUGUGUGGAGGUUAGCUGUCAGGCUCCAUAGCCGAAGAGCAGCGCAGAGGAGUCACAUGGUACACUGCUCUCUCCCGCAGGACCGCUGGAACACUCUGUUCUGAGGAAAGGAUACAGGCGCAUGAAUGAAGCUCGCUCGCUCGCUCUCUCUUGCACGAUCACAUGACCAGCGAUGCGCUCGUUCAUUCAUUUGCUCAUACAGUGCUAGCAUAUGGAUUACAUAGACACACACACACACACACACCAAACUCUGACCUUGCUGACCGUUAUAUCCUUCACUUCCUGUUCCUUUUCUCAUACCCAGCAAUCUCCUGCUCUCAGAUGACCACUGCGGCCAUCUCCUCAUUAUCUCCUUCCUGCCCCCUCUCCCUCCCAAUAUGUAAAGUGCAUCUGAGUGCACACCAGAUUAGCUCAGACUGCAGUGGAAGUACAGAUACAGGAGCAUCCUCAUGCAGGUCAACACAAACAAACAGAGACUCUUUCUGGUGCUUGUGGGAUGUAUCUGGUGUUGGUUAAUCUAGAUAUAUCUCAUUCCAGUCAGACCAUUUAUGGAAGCUGUGACCUGACAGCCAUGACCCUGACAAGUGCCAGGAUAUUUUGAUGGUCGUUUUUUCUGCGACAUUAUGAUAACCCUGCCCACAGUGAUUUUUGAUGGAAUAUCCCUCUCCUUAUAAGCCUAUAUUAAACCUUACUUAUAUUCUGGUUGUAAUUUUGUAAACAGCAUUUUCUCUUUCAGCAUGGACAGAACAUGUGUUUCUGGAUUCCUAACUAUACUGACCUGGAUUGGACUUGAUGUAAGCUGCAAUCAUGUUGCUGAGGCCACAACCAUGAGUAAAUUACCAUAUGAUCACCCAGUUUUUACAGAUUAAGAUUUUUUGAAUUAAUUCUCAGACAUAUUUCAGAACACAACACACUAAAUCUGUACAGAAUCAACAUUUUAAACCUUUUAACAAACCCACCCCAAAUUAAUCACAAUCUAAGACUUUGAGGUCACUUGGCUGUAAUGAAAUACAAUUAAAACAUCUUCCAGCAUAUAAAAAAUACAAUAAAAUGAAAUUAAUGAAUAAAAACCCAUCUUAUAACACAUCACAAUUAAACUUUUAACUAUGAACAUCAUUUGAUCGGCCAAUUUUUAAAAGUAAUUUAAUAUCCCUGAAUGGCGGCAUGAUCUAUGCUGGUGUGUAGAGAUUAGCUAAUUAUAAGACAGGUCAUUUUACAUAUUGCAGACUUACUGUAUAGUAUAGUAGCAAGAACAUCAUGUUCCAUUCACAGGGUCAGUAAGAGUUUGGAAAAUUAUGACUCUUAUGAUGUGACAAAUGUUGUAAUUGGUGUACAGGGAAAAAAUGUUUUAGUUUCUUGCAACUUCAUCAGUAAGAAAAAUGCGUGAACAAACAGUUCUAAAGGUAAAUUCAGAAACACUUGAAGGGAGGGAUUUAAUUAAAAUCAAAACUGUUGCAGCACACACACUUCUGGUGAGGGUUAAAGUCGCCAUGAAAUCAAAAUUGCCAGUUAUUAUUUUUUGUGGAAUGUUGCAGUGUUUGUUAUAAAUGAUUUAUCCCUGCAAAAAUGAAUAAUCUUUAAUAAAAAAACAUUAACAUCCUUUCCCCCUCGCUACAACCUGUCUUCUCUAACGUGUUUGCUGGUUCAAGGGCCAGGCGAUAAAGUUGUCCAGUGGCCGGAUGAGUUUCAAUUCCUCCAGCGGUCUGACACUCAAACGAUCAUCCAUUCAGUUCGCAAUUCCCACUUUCUAGUCAAUUCCUGGUUGACAAAAUCAAAUCCUUGCUUGCAUUUUUUAAUUCCUCGCUCAAGAAGCUAUUUCACUCGGAUACAAGUCACAAUAGGGAUGAAAAGUCAGUCAUAAUUUCCAUUUCAUGCAGACUUUAAGAAAGAACAAGUUAAAGAGGAACUAUAAUAAUAAACAAUCAUAAGAUUCAGCCAAGAAAAGUAGAUAAGAUAAUGUGUCAUCCACCAAUUAGGAUCCAACCAAUUAUGAAGCACAACAGGGAACAAGUCAAUCAGUGUUACACCCAUGAAUUAGUCAUGUUGGAUCCAAAAAGACAACAGAAAAAAAAAUCAAUUACAUUAAAAAACAUUCCAGACAUCCUCAUACAAAGAUGAAAAAAGUAAUAAAAUAACAUAAAGAGAGAAUUUCAUGAAGGAUAUUUUGCCUUUACUAGAAAAUGUUGGUAGUUGGAUGUGAUUUACUCUGUAAAUAAUUCAGCUUUAAAAUGGCUUGUGUUUUACAGUUUAGUAGCAGAGUUGAGGGUAAUUUUGAUGAAAUGUGCCUCGCUUCAAGCUUUGUAUUCAAACGAGUGCCAAAUAGAGUCUGAGAGCUGUGGAGGCUCACGAGCCGCUUCUGUAUCAUCCCGAUGCUUUUAAUUUCACAUCAGCUUUUCACAGUCAUCCGUCUUAAGUCCUCCCACUUCCCUCUCAGCAGUGAGGGGAAAAGCCUCCACAUACCCAAACAGAUCUGCUGUCUCCUUUAAAGGAGGCGCACCUGCACAGUCUCUAACGCACGCGCUCACACGUUAACGGCUGCCUUUCCCACUCUCCUGCCAGUGUGGCUUUCAGACUAGCAUCAGCACGUAUGAAGAAAAUAGUGCGGCCCCCUCAGUCACGACUCAGUGGCUUUUGUGUGUGGUUGUUUUUCUGGUUAUUGUAUAAGUGUGUGUGUGUUUGAGAACAAGGACAGGAUGACGUGCUCAGAGAGGGGAUGAUGGCUCUGGGGGUCAGGCGGUGUUGUAGCAGCAGGCUGGGGGUCACUGGCUGACUCACUGCGUGCCUCCAACUGACUGACUGACUGCAGAGUUAGUCAUCUUUCUGAAUCGUGCAGAGACCCAGCCCAGAGAGAAAGAACGAGACCUUGAGGUGAAUAUAUUAAGAAUUGGAGACCUCGCUAUUUCCUGCUAAAAACCGAUGGGUCCUUUAUCGGAUACAAGGAGAAGCCACAGGAUGCAGAUCUUCCCUACCCUCUCAAUAACUUCUCUGUUGCAAAAUGCCAGCUGAUGAAAACUGAACGACCAAAGCCGAACACUUUUAUUAUUAGAUGUCUACAAUGGACUACAGUCAUAGAGAGGACCUUCCACGUGGACACGCUAGAAGAAAGGGAUGAGUGGGCAGAGGCGAUCCAGAUGGUGGCAGAUAAACUCCAAAGACAGGAAGAGGAACGUAUCCAAUGUAGUCCCACCUCACAGAUAGACAACAUGGCAGAGGAGGAGAUGGACACAUCUAUCAGCCAUCACAAACGCAAGACAAUGAAUGACUUUGACUACUUAAAAUUAUUGGGAAAAGGCACUUUUGGAAAAGUCAUUCUCGUACGGGAGAAGGCCAGCGGGAAAUAUUAUGCAAUGAAAAUUUUAAAGAAAGAGGUUAUUAUAGCCAAGGACGAAGUGGCCCACACGCUCACAGAAAGCAGAGUACUAAAAAACACGAGACAUCCUUUUUUAACCUCUUUGAAGUACUCGUUCCAAACAAAAGACCGCCUAUGCUUCGUGAUGGAGUAUGUCAAUGGAGGAGAGCUGUUUUUCCAUUUGUCGAGAGAACGGGUGUUCUCCGAGGACCGCACGCGCUUCUACGGCGCCGAGAUCGUUUCCGCCCUCGACUACCUGCACUCUGCCAAGAUUGUGUACCGGGAUCUCAAGCUGGAGAACUUAAUGCUUGAUAAAGAUGGUCACAUCAAAAUUACAGACUUUGGCCUCUGCAAGGAAGGAAUCACUGAUGCUGCUACCAUGAAGACCUUCUGUGGGACGCCAGAGUAUCUGGCACCAGAGGUGCUGGAGGACAAUGAUUACGGCCGUGCGGUGGACUGGUGGGGUCUCGGUGUGGUCAUGUAUGAGAUGAUGUGUGGCCGACUGCCUUUCUACAAUCAGGACCAUGAGAAGCUCUUUGAGCUCAUCCUAAUGGAGGACAUCAAGUUCCCCAGGACCCUCUCUGCUGAUGCCAAGUCCCUACUGUCAGGCCUGCUCAUCAAAGAUCCCAAUAAGAGACUUGGUGGAGGUCCGGAUGAUGCUAAAGAAAUUAUGCGACAUAGUUUCUUUGCUGGAAUUGACUGGCAGGAUGUCUAUGAUAAAAAGCUGAUACCUCCCUUCAAGCCUCAGGUGUCGUCAGAGACAGAUACCAGAUAUUUCGAUGAAGAGUUCACAGCUCAGACGAUUACAAUAACCCCUCCUGAAAAAUUCGAUGAAGAUGGGAUGGACUGCAUGGACAACGAGCGACGGCCACACUUCCCCCAGUUCUCCUACUCCGCCAGCGGGAGAGAGUGAGCGCCACGCAGCCGACACUGCCUCAUCCUCAUCAAGGUUACCACUGGAACAAAUUAGGUCUUCAGCUUCUAACAGCCCCGGCCCAUUUGACCCUUCAUCGUCCAUCUUGGUUCUUUCAUUUCUUUAGCUAGACCAAGGGAAACUUCUAAUUUAGGGUGAUGGGAAUUUGCACGUGGGGUCGGGCCGAGGUCCAGCCCGCUCAAACGUCCUCACAGCUCCAGCCCAAAGGUUGGGUCAUGAUGGGAGAACUUUUGCUGUUUGUCUUUAUUGUGUUUCUCUCUUUGAUUUGAGAUGUUGCUCCACAUUCCUUAUUCUGUGGGAACUAGUAUCAAGGACACAUCCAUUAGUUCAGAUAAAUACAUAUAACUGCAUGGCUAGAGAUUCACAUGGGUUUUGCGAUUCCAGGUACACGUAGUAUAACGACUCCAAACCGCUCCAGUCUCAGCUGCUUCUGUUGUUACUGUUUUUAAGGUUCACCUUCUGUCAAAACUGCCAUAAACGGUUUACUCAGGCUUCACAGAGGACGUCUGUGUUCAGGACUAGCUUUACCCCUCAUCGAUCCACAACUCAGUAUUCCUCCGUACAAAGCCCUGUGAACCUGAGCUAUGCAGCGCUAAACUCUCACUAAAACUACCCGUUAGAAAUGCUCACUCAAAUGUAUUCACCGAAGGCUUUGUUUCUUACAUAUCGCCCCCUGGGAAAAAUGGCACGUUUGACUGAUGUGGAGUGUUUUAUGCAGCGAUACACAACUGUGAUGUACAGUUGGCGAUCAGAUUAAAUUCCCCCAAAGGUUGUGAGAAAGCCUUUCCGCUAAACGCUGAAUAGUUCAACAACAACAACAACAAAAAAAGAGCCAGCAUUAAUUGAAAAAAUGACAGGAAGCACUUUUUUAUUUUGUAAGAAAAAAAUGUGAUUGAGAAAAUGUAUUUAAGCGAAUUUAAUUUAUUUUUUUCUUUUUGUUUGUUUGUCCUUGCGUUUAUUAAGAGUGCUUUCUGAGUCUCUUUUAUUGAAUGAAAUAAAUGCACCUAAAAAGGCUUACGAAUGUAGAUGGGUCACUGCAAAGGCCUUCAUCUGAACUGUUUUCUUAUUACGCCAGUGUAGUGUUGUUCUCUUUUUUCUUCCCCAAAGGAAUUUGACUAUCCUCCUCAACAUUGUGAGCGGUCUGAGUGAUGCUGAAACGUGUUGCUUGUCUUUCCACCAAUGAAAGGGCUGUAAAAGACCACACUGAUUCAUUCAGAUGGGUCACUGUAUGUUAAAGUUUGUAACAGAGCAGGACACGCACCCCAUUGUGCUUUGCUUGACCUUUUAAUGAGCAUUUAAAUAAGACACAGCACAUUCUCGUUGUUGUUUUGAGACAGGACUGUGAACAUUAAUGAAUCAGUUUGCUUUAAAUUUUGCUUGUUUCAAACACUUCUGAGUGCUAUUGUGCUUCGCUACAUCUAAUAUCAUGUUCACUUUCCUUCCUAAAAUACGCCAGUCAGAUAUUAGCAUAAAAAUCCUUCGAUAAACAUUGAAAUACUAGGAUGUCUAUAUGAAUUAUGAGCAAAAAAUGUUUCUGGUGGUUACAGACUUACAGGCUUGAUGAAAUAGUUGAGUUGAAAUGGAUCAAAGGGAAAUAUCUGGAUUACCGAGUAAUAGUUUGAUAUAUGCAGUACAUUUCCUGAUAGUGUUUGGCAAUAAAACCUGCUGUGUGUCUGUGGUGUUUGUUUUCUGAGUGUAAAGUUGGCUCUUGUGCAUGUUGUUGUUGCGUUCAGCGUGUCAGUUUAAUUUGGGCAGGAACGGCAAAAUCUUUCAUUUGUAUUUGCCUUGGCACUUUUUGAGGAAAUUUGGCCGAGUGCAGCCCCGAGGUAUGAGGUUGGGGUGAGAAUAUGGACAUUAGUGAAGAGGGAAGUGAUAUACGAGGAAGGAGCGAGUCUGGAUGGUGUGUAUAUGAAAUGUGACGUAGAACAAGGUCUGUUAGAGUGGGACGUCUGAACUGGGAUUUCUUGCAUGUUUGUUGAAGACCGACACAGAUUUGAUGACGGCUGGUUAAGGAUGAUUCAGAAAGUUUCUGUCCACCUCCCUCACGCCAAACUGAGCUUUCCGCCAAAAUGCCUGCGUUGAUUGUGAGCAUUGUGAAUUGUCCAAUGGUGUAAUGUGAGAUGCUGUAGCAUGGUACUGUUGCUCUAUUGCCAGAUUUGAUUUCAGUCGAGCUUGAGGAUGUUCUUGCGUUCAAACUGUGAUGUCCAACCCAAUAAUGUUUUCUGACAGCACAGCGGUGGUACUGCGGGAAGAUUCGCUGUCUGUGUCAUUCUCUGUCUUCCAACUUGCACGUUUUCCUUUAGAUCAUUCCUCGUCUUUUUCCCCAUUCCCUUUUCUUGUUUUAUUUAUUGUUUUUGAGAGAAAGUGAGACAAAAAGUUAAAGAACUACCUGAUUUAAUUUAAUGGGCUUACACUGCUGACUGUUUAGUUUUUUUGGUGUUCGAUUCUGUUUUAUUACUUUUUUAUUUAUCAGUGAAUAACUUGAAUAUUUUUCAACUAUUUGUGUCUUGUUUUACAUUUUCUGGUUAGGUAACAUUUACAAUUUAUAUUGAAUAGGGAGAUGGAAGCACUCAGUUUGUAUUUUUUUUUUUUUUGCUCCUUUGUUUUUGCUUGUUCACUUCAGAUUUGUGAUUGUGCGGAUUGUAAGUAGUAGGAUUAUUCAAUCAUACUGUGACGCUGUUCAUCCAGUUCAUUAACUUUAAUAUGCACUUGUGAGGGACCAAAGGGUUUUCCUCAAGACGUGGAGAGGCAGAGAACGAUGAUGUUCAUUGGGGCGGUACCUUGCAUGUGAUGAUAGUUUAUUUAAACAGCAGAAGGGCCUUUGGCUUUGGCCAAAUCAAUCAUACACUUUUGUAACUCCAUAUUUUAACACUUGGCUUUGUAUCUGCCUGUUGUAGCACUUUCAUACCCAUUGCUCUUUUUAUAUAGCUCAGCAUAAAAAAAAAAAAGGGUCCCUGCUUUGGAAAAAAAAAAAAAGAAUAAAAGAAAAUAAAACGAGAGGAAAAAAAUACUUGAAAGCACAGAUUCGCCCCUCAUGGAUCUCAUGCUAUUUUACUUUCCUGAGUGAUUGUGCUCUGUAAUAUGUAACGGUGUGGAUGCGGAUAGACCUGAAAUGCUGCCAGGAGACACAAGCUUUGCCUGGUGACACAGACAGACUAACAUUUCCCAAGAUUCCCUAAUGCUCUAGUGUUGUAGAAAAGUUGAGCUGUACUGUUGUCACCACUUCAGAGUUUCAGAGGACAAUAAAAACACACGUAAGCCCAACCUAAAGUCAUUAUUCCCUGAAUACUGAACUAGUGUGAGGAAGGGACCCAUGGAGACAUGGGCGGCACGGGCUCCAUCCCUCCUAAACGCACAUCCGUGUGCACACUGCUGCUACUGUUUGUACUGUCUACAACAGACUUUCUCUAUAUCGCGCUCCUGGUAGUGUAUUAUGAAUGAGCAUGAAUUGUAAAGUAUUUAUUUAAAAACAAAAAAAAGACAAAUCUUAAAAAAACAAAAAAAACAACAACAAAAAAAAACAUUUUAUGUCCAUGUAGCUUUAGAGUUUGUGACAUUUCUUGACCUUGCUAGCUCUGUCAUUAGAUCCAUGUUAAGAACUAGUCAUGUGGUUAAGAAUUUUACAUGGAAGGGAUUAACGAAAGAAAAAAAGAACUGUAUUACCAUCCAUCAUAUUAAAAACAAAAACAAAGUUUAUUUCCUUGAAUACAGUAUAGGGGCCCACGCGGAUGCGGAAAGCUUAUCUGCAAGAAACUGUUUUUGUACACUGUACAUCCUAGUAUUUUUACACGUAAAUGUAUAUGAUAGGGAUGCACAUUAUUUUCCUUCUUACAGACUGCUUAAAUAAAGCACUAUGUCAAUCUGC